CGAAAUUUCUCGCAUCCGACGUGAGAUCCGGAUUUCCACCCAGUCCCUUGGCCUGGUUCCGUCACGGGCUAGGGUUUCGCCGUCUCUCGAGCGUAGCGCGUCGGGGCGGCGGAGAUGGCAGGGAAGGGAGCCAAGGCGACGGCCGCCAAGGCGGCGGAGAAGGAAAAGGGGAAGAAGGCCCCCGCCUCCCGUUCCUCCCGUGCCUGUUCCCAGGAGGAGCCAGCUCCAAAGAAAGAUGUGUACCAAUUGUUUGCUGAGAAGGUUCGGGAUAACAAGCAGCUGGAAUCGAGAUGGGCUGUCAUGCAAGAAACUCGCGUUGAGUAUUUUCGUGGAAAAGAUUUUACUAGUUUCAUCAAGAAUCAUCCAGAAGUUGGGGAAAUUUUAGGGCCGGAUAAAGAUAUGGAAGCUGAAGAUAUUGUUAACACCUUGCUUAUCAAAAACCUUGUAAUAAGGUGUGACCGAGUUUGGAAAACUGUGAGACCAGGAAAGAAAAAGUUAUCAUCCUGGCCUGCUCAUUUGGAGAUACAUCAGGAACAAGUAUUCACUGAAAAUGAUGGUUUUUAUGCUUGGAUGUUUCUCAAAAGACGGACCUUGUGGCAGACGAUUCUUUCAUUUAUUUGGCCUGUCUUUGCAUUGGCGGUCUGCUUAUUUCCAGUUUACCCAUACCAAUGCAAGAUUGUGGUACUGUACUCUUGCGCUGGAGCCUUACUGUUUAUCGUAUCCCUGCUUUUAUUAAGAGCUGCCAUCUUUGGCGUAUUAUGGGUUCUUCUUGGAAAACGGGUGUGGUUCUUCCCCAAUAUAAAUGCAGAGGAGACCACAUUUAGAGAACUCGUUCGGUUUUGGCCUGAGAAGGAUGAGGGAGAGCGACCAAAGUGGACGUCAAGACUUUUCUAUGCUACUGUUGCCUUAUUGGUGAUAUUGCUGCUUAGACAUCACGCUCCAGAUGAAGCAGCUAGAGCGAGGUACCAAAAGAAGGUUUCUAAUAUAAUUGAUGAUGUCCUUGAGUGGUCUCCGAAGUUGGCUUUGUCUGGGAUGAUGGAUAAACAUACUGAGGAUAAUGCGACAGAAACUAGCAAUUACACCAGCCAUGCCACAAUGACUACCGAAAAAUCCACAGAUGCAGACGAGGAUGUGGAUGCAGAUGAAACCCAAGGUGCUGAUGAUACGAGAACGAGAUCUAGUGAAGCUUAAAACGGAACUCAACUUCUGAAUUUGAUGGAAGUUUCAUAAGUACUCUUCUGGGGUUCUAAUUAUACGGAUAUAGAAAAUUCGGGGUGUUCAUUCUGACCAUGUUUUGUUCGUAUAUUGCCACCGAUCAGCUGUACUCGGAAAGGAAAUGUUUUGUCAAAAUCCUAAAUCAGACUACCUUUUUUGUUUGCA